UCUCUUCCAAACCUGUGUUCUAGAACGAAAAGCAGGUGGAAACCAAUUCCCGAUUCUGGAGAAUCCCCACUCUCUCCCCACAGCUCUCCCCACAGCUGUGCCCUUUGCCUCCAAGCACCGAGCUGUGCCCCUGCUGCUCACCUUACUGGGUGCAUGCUGAGUGCAUGGACAACUCGGUAGAGACCUCUAGGCUGUACAUUGGGGUAACAUGCAUGGUACCAGGUAAGGUUUGGGGGUUGUGCAAGCUGGGAUGGCCGGGUGCAGCUCAGCUCCAUGCACAGCAGCCAUCCCUCCUGCACCAGCAGCAUCCCCCUGGGUCCGUGGGGGCUGUGGCACGCAUCUGUCAGCAUCCCAACCCCGCUGUCCUCAUUUCCAGGCAGGCUUCAUUGAGAUCUUAUCUUACUCAUUGAAGUGGGGUUUUGUGUUUUUUUUUUCUUUUCUUUCGAUGCUCGAGGAUCGUACAAUAUAAUCACAGUAAUAUAAACAAAUCCGAAUCAGGUCCUUUGAUGGACGGCCAGUCCCCCGUAAUGAGCUGGAAACACGAGCCAUCUAUUAUAAAUGAUGUUGCUUUUCGUAUCUAUUUCCUCUGCACUUUUGAGCUUAUUGUAUUAUUUUUUUUUUCUGCUGUUAUUUGAAGGGGAAAAGAGACGAAUAACUUGGACUCUGAGCCUGGUGCUUAACAGUAAACUUCUGAAGGGCUUUGGGCUUCGCCAGCUGCUUGAAGCGUGGUCUUUCAUGGAGGCAUAGAAGGGCUUGGGGUUGGAGGGGACCUUGAAGUUCAGGUUCCAACCCCCUGCUGCAGGCAGGGCUGCCAACCACUAGGUCAAGUACUAGAGUAGAAGCAUCCACCCGCGUGUGCUUCCAAUCCAGGAGAAGAAGUCCAUUAAAGGGAGAGACCGAACAGACCGCAGCAUGCGGGGCGAUGGGAUGCUCGGGGGGCCAAGUUCUGAGAGCUGCUUGGUGGCUGUUCUGCCACAGGUGGCCAAGGGGAGAUGGGUUUAGGCCAUGGAGGUGAUUUGAGAUCUGAGCUACCAGGGCGGGAGUGAGGAGGAGACCCCAGGCUCACUGCUGGGAAGAGCUUGGCCCAUACAGAGACCUGGGCACUUCCGCACCAGGGACAGGUCGGGGCCCCGUGGACGGACUGCGGUGGUUGCUGGAAACUCCGGGAAGUGGCUCCAUUAACACAGGAUGGAAGGAACAAAACCCUGCGGCCAUUAAUCACCCUGAUUUCAGCUGAAUGUGCACAUUCGGGUGGCAGUUGUUUACAGAGCGCUUCCCCUGCCACGUCUGACAUUUAAUUACCUGGUGUCCUGUACAGACGGGCGGCGUUCCCCAUGCCCGGAGCCGCUUCUCAGGAGUGUUCCCGCACGGGAAGCAGCUCCUGAUGGGAGGUGUGGGGAAUCGCACAUCCCUUCCCUCAACCCUUUGGCUCCUUCCCUAGCCCAAGCACCAGUGGGGUGUGAUGAGCCAGAAUGGGCCCGGCUCUUUCCAUAGAGCUGGGUGGGGAUGGGGUUGUGAUGCCAGAUGUGGGGAGAGGCUCUGGGGCCGUGCCUUGGGGCAGCGUGAUGCGGGGUAGGCAGCCCUACCAGGGGAUAACUGCUGUUCUCCUUAAGAACAGUCUCUUCAGCAGUUCUUUCAGUUUUAGUUGCUGCCUCUGUGCUCAGCAUGGGAAAAGACAGUUUGCCUUGGAGGGAGGGCAGGGCACUGCAUGGGGUGAGUUUGGUGGUGGGGGUUGGUGCUGGGGAGGUGCUGUAGGAAGCAUCCCAGGGUGAGCUGGUAGGAGAUAAAGGGGAGCCUGGUGGAGGAGGCAGCCUGCUUUCCUAUUGUGCUUAACCUCUUGGCACAGAAGGUUUCAAAUCCCCGUGAUUUAGGGAGAUUCUUGCUUUCCGGAAGAUGUAUCCAGGCAGCCUUGCUCACCCUGGCCAGGUGGAGCGUAGGGGGAGCUGGGAAGGGACCAGGUCCUGGCCUGAGUGGGGCUGUCCAGGGGUGAGAAGCAAUGGGAGCCCUGCAGCCACGUGGGGACCACUGAGGCCAGGGGCUCCCAUAGGCACGGGGCUGCAGAAGUGGGUGGGCACUGAACAUGAAGUAGAAUGGGAAACCCUUUCUGGAAAUACCCCCACUGAUGGGAAGGUUGUGGGGCCCCCGGAUGGUGCUCGCAGGGGCGGAUCUUGCAGGGUGUUAAGAAGGGCUGAGGACGGAGCUAGCGGCCAGAAGAGGAAAGCCCCGGACGGCAGCACUUGCUCACAGCAAGAGGGAAGGAAGGAAAACCACAGUUUGCUGCUGCCCUGCCCAGCGGCCGGCUCCGUGGGCGAUGGAACUGGCUCCUCUCCUCUUCCUUGGCUUGCUAUGGGGCUGUAGCGGGCGACCGACCAACAAGCUGGUGGUGGUGCCAAAGGAGCCAGUGGUGCAGUACGGGGACGCAGUGCAGCUGAACUGCUCAAUGCCCUGCCCAGAUGGCACAGUGCAGUGGAAAGGGCUGGACACCAACCUGGGCAGCAUCGACACCUUCCUCACCCACAGCAUCCUGCGGAUCAGCAGCGCCAAAUUGGCCACAGCAGGCACCAAGAUCUGCCAGGGCAUCUGCGGCGACAACAGCUACCAACAGACCGUCACCCUGCGGGUCUACUCUCUCCCGGAGGCGCUGCAGCUCAACGUGGACCCAGUGCUGGCACCGGGGCAGCCAGCCACCCUGCACUGCUCAGCCUUGCACGUGUACCCCAUCGAAGGGCUGCAGCUCGCAUGGUACCGCGAGGACAAAUUGCUGAAUGAUUACUUUGAAGAAACAGAGACUGAUGAGGGACUAUUUGAUGUUGUGACCACAGUGCGGGUGCCGGGGGAGGACGUGGCAGAAGGGGUGGUGUUCAGGUGUGAGCUGAUGCUGCAUGUGGGAUCAGAGACCUUCACCCGCGUGGCAUCGAUUCCUGUGAGCAAUGGGGCUUUUACGGAGCAGCCGUUGGCCGUGGGCACCUCCACAGAGAGCCCCCGCACCACAGUGACCACGACGGUGAUCCGCAGCAUCACUGGGCCUGCGACCAUCCCGGCGACAUCCCCAGAACCCCACGAGCCCAGCACAGCCCUGAACACUGUGACGCAGAAACCUGAGACCCCUUCGGAGUGGGCUGCUGCAUCUGAUCCCACCCCGACCGAGCACCCUCAGAGCCCUACGGUGGUCACAGCAUCACUGCAUCUGGACAGCACCGCAGCCCCCAGCACGGGCGCUGGGAGCCCUGCAGCCACACAGGGGACAGCUGUGGAUGGCAGGAGUCCCCCGGGCUCCCACGUGACGACACCCACGUGCAGCCUGCGGAUCUGGUCGCUGCCUCCCAACGGGAUACGAGGCAGGGCCCUGCGCAUUGAGUGCCGGGCGCAGUGUGCCCAGAACGCCUCUGUCCGCUGGCUGCGCACACCCCUGGCCCUGUCCCAGUACCGGGAGGAGGCAGUGGGCAGUGGCUCCACGCUGUGGCUGGACCGGGCUGAGCCCCAUCACCAAGGCCACUACCAGUGCAUCCUGCUGGGCCGCCAUGCCCAAGCGGUCAGCCUGCAGCUGGUGGUCUCUGACGAUACAUCCAUCUCUCUCCCUCCCAUAGCCAUGGGGACAGCGUUCUCAUUCCUGGGACUGAUAGUGACUGCUGUCGUAUCUCGUUGCCUGUGGAAACGAUUUAAAUCGCACUAUGAUCUGUCCUAAGCGUGGGGGCUGCCUACAGCUGCCCCAUUCCUCUGAAUCAGCUCCUGCCAUCAUUCUUCCUGCUGCUGGCCUCGCGGGAAGCCGAGCGCCCAUGAGCCAGGCAGCCCAGCUUCAGCAGUAGGACCACCAGAGCCAGCAGGGCGCGGGGUGCUUGCUGCUGGACCCUAAGAAGAACAGCCUCCAGCCCCGGGGCUGACAGCAUGGAGCUGGCCAGGCUGCAGCCACACUCCCUUACAUUGGCUGGGCACUGAGGACUCCGUGCACUUUGUGGUGUGUGUGAGCAGGGCUGGGACCCCGAGCCCUCCUUCAACAGCUUUACCCACGGCUGAGGCUGCCGCUGCCUGACCCGUGAACGGGGCUGUGAGGGACAGACCGGGCUGUGAGGGGAUGGACCGGGCUGCGCUGUCCUGGGCCUGCACAGCCUCUGGUCAAUCCCGGAGGACAGCAGAGACCCAGUACAGCCCUCGGGCUGUAGGAGGCGGGGGCGUGGUGCUGGGUGGAUGUGCGUAACAGCAGCGUUACUUUCAAUAAAAGUGCUUUAUUUUUG